ACUGUUUGAAAUCAGAUUCCCCCACAGGGUGGUCUACGAUUGGAACUUAUUACCAGAACUUGUAGUAGCUACUGCUUCAGUGGACGCUUUCAAGAAGAAGCUGGAUCCGUUUGUGGGUUUAUACCUUCAGGGUUAAUAUAAGCUAUUUGUCCUACUAUCCUCAAACCUAAAAGUGAAAACUGGGAUGAAGUUCAUAGCCGCUCACUUUGCGGUGUGCGGUACAAUUCCCCAAUGACAAAACACAAUAAACCCCUACCUCUUCAAACACUUGCUUUGAGGUGUCUUCAGUGUUAUGGAAGUAGAGGAAAGCUGCGCAAUUUUAUUACCUGGAAAAUUCUCGCCGAAGACCAGUUUGUAAAACAUUUCCCCCACGAAGUGAAUCCACCUCUGACUCAUGGGUUGGCCUCGGGACUUGAAAAAUUCUCAGUUGACUGAUCAGGAGCAAAUAUAUCCUACAGGUUCAAAUAAUCUGUUACGGCUUGCUUGUGCCUCGUGGAUUGAACCCUUAGAAACCUGUCAUCUUGUCAGUUCGGAUAUGAAUGUUGGAUUAGCUUCUGAAGUUGAACCUUUUACGUCCACCGUAUCCGCUCCAGAAGAACGUACUAAUGAAUUAAUGAGGCCUUCAACUAGUAAGAACGUCUCAUCUUUACAGGAUGAUGAUUGGGAUGUGGUUGGUGAUGAUCUUUUAUUAACCAUCACAAAAGAGAAUGUUGAACGAUUGGUUGAAUUAUUUCCUGGUGCAAGUAAAUUUGAUUAUGCCAGUGGAGAGAACUGUGUUUUCUAUGGACGUUGUAAAAGAUGUUCAGUUCAUUUGAAACCAAAUCAAGCUUGCCUGGAUUAUUAUGAUGCUUGCUUUUACUGUUUAAAUUGUCAUCAACUACAAAAAACAUUUAUUCCUCGUGAUAUUAUAAUGAAUUGGGAUUUUUCACUAAAACCAGUUAGUCAGAUUACUCAUCAGUUCUUAAGCGCACUACACGAUGGACCUGUUAUAAAUCUAGCUAAAUUAAAUCCUAUUUUGUAUGCUACUAUACCGAAUUUAUUGAUAAUUAGACAACUUCGGCGUACCCUAGUACUAUUAUGGCAUCAAAUAGUUCGCUGUGAUAGAAAAACAGCUAUGAGUUUACGUGAUUGUUUUCGUUCUCGGAUGUAUAUGCUUGAAAAUAUAGGUGAUAUUGACUUAUAUUCUAUAGCAGAUUUGAUACUUAUCCAGUCGUCGAAAUUGAAAGAUCUCCUUGAGAACUCAAUUCAAAAUAUUGCCUUAGCUCAUGUACAUAAAUGUCAGGUGUGUAAAAGACGAGCUUUAAUUUGUGAUUUAUGUGAAGAACUUAACAAACCAAUUUGGAUACAUGAAUUUACCACUUAUAAACGAUGUAUCAAUCCAGGUUGUUCAAAAGUGAUGCAUAUUAGCUGUCUAAUAAUGGCAGAUAAAGAAUUAAUGUCUACUAUAGGCUGUUGUUUUGAACGUCGUUUUUCGUCAACUUCUCCAUCAGAUUGUUCUCAGUUAAUAUCAUUAGAUAUACAAUGUCGAUCAUGCAGAGAUUAUCAUUUAUCAUUUACAGCUAAUAACUCAGUUAUUGGACACUAUGCUGAUCCUUUUAUUCUACCUGAAGUAUCUUCCUAAAAAAAACAUAUAUGUAUGUGUUUGCAUGAGAAGCUCACUAUUUUCUACUUUCAUUGUAUCCUAUCUCGUGAAAAAAGUCAUAUGAUGUAAGAUAUCCAGUGUGAUCAUGUGAAUUGCCUAAAUAACUGGUUUUAUCUUUAUACCUGUUAAAUGCAGUCGUCUAACCUUAAAGGUUUGGCGGAACAUUAAUAAAGUUUAUUCUAAAAGCGGUAUUAUACACGCAGAUAUCUACCUGCCAAACAACGAUUACCUGUAUAGGGUGUAAUAAAGAAUACCAAAUGAAAUAGAGUCAAUCGAAAAUGUUAACAUGCAAACUAUUUAAAUUACUAAAAUUGUUAAAUGGUUCCCCAACUGAUAUCAGUCCAUGAUGAAUACUGCUUCUAAAUUAAAAAUCCCCAUUUAUCUCAAAAAUACAUUACUGUAUAGUGCUCUUUAGUGACUUGCUUCCAGAUGGAUAUCGGGAAGGUAUAAUGAGAAGUCGUGACUUGUGGGGUCAACCAGUCGGAAGUGAAGUGCGUGCUAACUGAAGACCUUUGAUGAUAGUUGCGCUAUGUCGUGAAUUGACAUAGGUUGAGAAUUGUGAACCACUGGAAACUGACUUAGUGGCUGAAUGGUUAACGUGUUCGCCGUGAAACCUGAAGGUCCUGAGUUUGAUCCCUAGCCGGGUCUUUGGUGCGUACUGCUGAGGAGUUCCAUACUAGGACGAGACAGCUGUCCAGUGCCCCCAGAUUUCCACUAGUCCCCUAUUUGAUGUCAGUCCAUGAUGAGUACUACUUCUGUAUAUAUGUUAGUUACUUUUGAUAGGAGAGACAAGGCAAAUCUGUAAACAGCCAUAACUGUAAAGUAGAGGUUAAGCUGAGUUAUUAUUGGCUCAUAAGAAGGUAGGGAAAAUAUCAGUUGAAUCAAGGUCGAUUGAUGACAGAGAUGCAAUAAGAAGGCCACCUCAGUGAAUAAAGAGUUUAAGGUAGGCAAAAUCGUAAACAAAACAUAUCCAGCGAGCUGUUAUCAGUCUAUCUAACCCAGUCCUACAGGAGCCCAUUAACGACCGGAAUAGCGCAGUGGUAGUGUCUCUGAUUGCAACUCUGGGGGAUGAGGGUUCGCAUCUCAAGCAGUACAUCAGUUCCGUAGAUCCAGCGCUUCCUGCCUAUUGCUCCUAUCCAACUAGCAGUUUCUGUUAUGUUAGGAAAUCUCUGCGAAGUUGCUGAUUGUCUUCAUCUGAAGACACACAAAAAUGCAUAUCUUCUCUG